AAAGAAGUUAAAGCUGUCUCUACACUGCUUAGAAGCAAGACGUCCUGGGGAAAGCUCCUAAAUCAAGCUAUUUAACCUAAAUUUACAGGUGGAUCAUUUAAUUUGAGGAUUCCAUACAAUAAUAUUUUCUCCAUUAAUUCAAAAUGUUCACUGAACUAUGGAAAAGUGAUCAUUUGGUUUUCUUGUAUUAUGUGGUGGUAAUACUGAUAUGUCCUAAAAUAUCCUUGAGUGUGAAAGAUUGCAGUGAUGUGGAGUGUAAACCACUAGUCAACUGUAUUGAAGAGGCCAUUUUGGAAGAUUCUUGUUGUCCUACAUGUACACAAUCUGGAUGUUCUUGUGAAGGCUACCAGUAUUAUGAUUGUGUAAAUGUUGGAUUUAAAGAUGGAAAGGUUCCAGAAGGAGAAUCUUACUUUGUUGACUUUGGAAGUACUGAAUGUUCUUGUCCUCAAGGAGGAGGAAGGAUCAGCUGCCUCUUUAUUCCUUGCCCCGAAUUACCUCCAAACUGCAUUGACAUCAUCCAGCCAGCAGAUGGCUGUGUUCAAUGUGGAAGAAUAGGGUGUAUUCAUGGCGGUGAGAAGUAUGAAGCCGGCUACACAUUUCAUAUGCCUGCAUGUAAGUUUUGUCACUGCCCUAAUGCUGGGGGUGAAUUAAUGUGUUAUGCUCUGCCCCAAUGUGAAAUGGGUGCGGAAAACUCUACUCAUACCACAGAUACUCUAGAGAGUGAUACAGAGAGACAAUAUGAUUAUCCAUACAGUAUUGAACAAGAUGCUCUAGAAUCAACAAACAUUGAAGUAAUGGAAAAAAAUAAUAAUUUUAAAAGAAACGCAAUGCAUGAUGGUUCAAUUUUGGACUACGAGGAUCAUUUGGAUGAGUCAUUAAACACUAUACCAACGACCGCAUUUCCUAUUAAAUUAGCAGAACUUACAACUUCACAUGAUGAAACGCAUCAAUCAUCUCAAAACGAAAAACUUAGUUUGUCAUUAUUUCAUUCGCACAGUACAGAAAGCACGAAUACAAAGGAACCAACAACAUCAAAUAACGUUGAUGAUUAUAUAACAGAAACAACCACACAUCUAAUCCACCAAGAUAUUUUGGGAUUACAAAAGCAAACACAAGAAAUGAUUAAAGAACAAACUGACUUCACCACAGCUUCAUAUACUGGAAACACCACUAGCAGGAAGCUGGAUUUACAAAUAAACACUACACAGCAUACAACCCCAGCAUUGGAAAUUAAAGUAGAAAAUGAUUUCCCCAAAGAAGAAAGGAAAGAAAAUGAUUUCUCAAAAGAAAUGUCUACUCCAACAGCUGUACAUUCCAUUACGCUACAAAAAGAAUACAGCCAAACCACUUUCACAGAGAUUCCUCAGAAUGUGGAGGAACAAGGACGAUCCAAUGUUAUUGUGAAUUAUCCAAAAAUAGAAGAUGGGCCGACAAAAGAUAUUAUCGAAACAUGUUGUGCAGCAGGUCAGCAAUGGUCCAUUGACAAUGGAGAAUGUGAGAACAUGCCUCUUAGCACUUCUGAGGUUUGCAGAUUGGCUGAAAAACAAUGUUGUGUUUCCUACAUAAAAGAAAACACGUGUAUUGCUGGAAUGAUUGCAGCUAAGGAAGAUGGAAUCUGUCUAUCUGCAGAGAAUGAUUCAUGUGAAAAAUCAUAUUUUAAGCUCUGCUGUGAUUGUUGUUCUAUGGGUCUGAAGUUACGAGCAGAGGGCAGUUCAUGUGAGUCGAACCUUAAUUUGGGUUUUCCAUGUAAUCAUAUGAUGACUUCCUGCUGCAAUGGUGAAGAACAGCUGAUUCCUCCAGAUAUAAAAAUUUUCCCUAAACCUGAACCAACAUCAAGCCCGGAGAAAGAUAUUGAUGAAUGUGAUUUGAAUACACACACGUGCAUUAAAGGAGAGCGAUGUGUUAAUACAGUUGGAUCAUUUAUAUGCAUUCAAGAAGUAAUCUGCGAAAAUGGCUAUGCUCUUGUAGAUGGUGUUUGUCAAGAUAUAAAUGAAUGUUCGUCUAAUCCUGUUCCAUGCAAGCAAGGUUUUCAUUGUUUAAAUACCCUGGGAUCCUAUGUAUGCCAGAGAAAUGAACUGAAAUGUAACAAAGGAUAUCAUGCAAAUGAAAAUGGAACAAAAUGUAUUGAUAUUGACGAAUGUGAACUUAAUAUACAUAAUUGUUCCAAUGAACAAUCCUGCCAAAAUAUACCUGGAACCUAUCGUUGUAACUGCAAGAUGGGAUAUCGUUAUGAUUCCUUUAGAAGAAUAUGUGUAGAUAUAAAUGAAUGUUGGGCUUACCCAGGCCGUCUGUGUCAUCACACAUGUGAGAAUACGGUAGGAUCCUAUAAGUGCACCUGUCUUCCUGGAUUUCAGCUAUCACAAGAUGGAAAGCAAUGUGAAGAUAUCAAUGAAUGUGCAAACAAUCCAUGUAACCAAGAGUGUUCUAACAUAUAUGGGUCAUAUCAGUGCUACUGCAAGGAAGGAUACAAGCUUGCGGAUGAUGGCGUCACUUGUGAAGAUAUUGAUGAAUGUUUUCAGAACAUUGGAAGUCUUUGUAUUUUCCGCUGUGUUAACACACUUGGCAGCUACAAGUGCGCCUGUCCUGACUAUGGCUACGAAAUGUUGGCAAAUGGACGAACAUGUAAAGAUAUUAAUGAAUGUGAACGAGGAUCACAUAACUGUACUUCUACAGAGAGCUGCUACAAUAUCCAAGGAAGCUUUAAAUGUCUAAGCUUAGAUUGUCCUGAGAACUAUAGAAGACUUUCAGAAGCGUCUUGUGAAAGAAUUUCCUGCUUCAGUAAUCAGGACUGUCAAAAUACUCCUGUACGCAUUACUUACCAUCGACUGAAUUUUCCAACUGGUGUUAUCACCCCUGCACAAAUUUUCCGAAUCGCACCAUCACCAGCUUAUGCCGGAGAUAAUAUCAUACUAGAUAUCAAGAAAGGAAAUGAAGAAAAUUAUUUCACUACUCGGAAACUUAAUCCCUAUACUGGUGUUCUUUAUCUUCACCGACCCAUCAAGAAGUCAAAAGAUUUCUUGUUAAAUGUUGAAAUGAAAUUGUUCCGUCAAGGGGUAGUCACAACAUUUCUUUCUAAGCUCUAUAUAUUUAUUACUGCUCCCAUUUCAUAAUGUUUACAACAACAACAUAUUAACCAAGGAAAAAUAUUUCAGAUGUACAUUUGUAAAUUACAUUGUGCUAGUUCAGUGAUGCUUAACCAUAGUGGACACACCAAGGCAGUAAUUGACACUUCACGUUCAGUGGUUACAACUGGUUUUCCCUGUGGCUGCCAUCUCAUUCUUGGAAGGAAUAAAUGUCCAUUUUUAGUACCCUAAAACACAGAUCUAUUUUACUUCACAAAUCAUCAACUCAUCUUCCUCAGUUGAAUUUCCCUCUUAAAGGGACAUGGAAUACCUUGUAAUUAACAAGAAUGUUCACUUUCUUGCAAUAAAUUAACAUACCAACUAACUGUGAACACAUUCUGAAUGCAUUAACACUUUGUUGCAGUUGUUUUUCAGCAGCCAAACUCCCCCAAUUAUUUGCCUUGUUUAAAGGAACCAAUCUAAACAAGUUUCACCAUUUUCAAAGUUAAACUACAGGAAAUAAAUCAUGAAAAUAUAUUAAAAAGUAUGUUGUUGUUUUUUUUUAAUACACAUAAUUAGUAUUAAAAAUCAAUGAGACAAAAUAAGUAUCCCUUGGCAAUCGCUUAUAGCAAUAAUCUACAAUACCAUAAUUAUAGAAAAACUUGUGUAUUAAACCUGCAUAAAGCACAACCUUAUUCCUUGCUAUUGAAUACUUAUAUUUCUCUUUUAUUUUUGUAUCCAGCAUACACCACUAUAUUUAUGGGAUUGGUUCCUGUAUUAAACGUUGAAAGGAACACUAAACACCAAAUAAAUACUAAGCAGAUUGAUUAUCCUGAGUAUAAGAUGCAUUUUUAAAGUUAUGUUAAGUGUUUAAAAUUAAAAAACAUACGUUUAAAGUUUUAGUGCUCAUAAUGCAAUGAAGACCACCAUUUUGUAACCUAGGUUACCUUCUCUGCCGAGGUCAUUUAAGGACAGUUAUAAAUGAGUCACUAGUGUAUGCAACCAAUGACUGUUAGGAAUAUAGCAGUGUUAAACCUGUAGUCUGCACUUCCCACGUUAACAAGAUUUUGGAAGCUCACAAUGUUCAGAAUUAAAUUACAGUAAAAUGGAACAAGAUAAAUUAUUAAACUAUAUUGCUAAGUAACUUUAUUACAUAUAAUUCAUUUUUUAUGUUACAAUCUUAAAGUUUUCCUUUAAUGGGUUUAUGAAAUGAUCACAAUCGACCACAACGAUACUUUUGUAGAUUGACUACACAUCAUUAUACAUUUUAUAUUACAAUCUUAAAAGGUUUCAUGUCCUUUUAACCCACUAUAAAACACAGUCUGGCCCUGAUUCUAAAGAGAUCCUUGAGCUGGUGACAUUCUAUAAGAAUGCUAGCCAGCCCUUCUAUUUCCCUGGUGGAAUUAUAUUAAAGGGACAGUCUACAUCAUAAUUGUUAUUGUUUUAAAAGAUAGAUAAUCCCUUUUUUACCCAUUCCCCAGUUUUGCAUAACCAACACAGUUAUAUUUAUAUAUUUUUUACCUCUGUGAUUAUCUUGUAUCUAAGCCUCUGCAAACUGCCCCUUUAUUUCAGUUCUUUUGACAGACUUGCAGUUUAGCCAAUCAGUGAUAGCUCCCAGGUAACUUCACGUGCAUGAGCACAGUGUUAUCUAUAUGAAACACAUGAACUAACACCCUCUAGUGGUGAAAAACCUGUUAAAAUACAUUCUUAAGAGGUGGCCAUCAAGGUCUAAGAAAUUAGCAUAUGAACCUACUAGAUUAAGCUUUCAACUAAGAAUACCAAGAGAACAAAGCAAAAUUGGUGAUAAAAGUAAAUUGGAAAAUUGUUUAAUAUUACAUGCCCUAUCUGAAUCAUGAAAGUUUGUUUUGGACUAGACUGUCCCUUUAAGCCACAGUCACUCUUUACCCUGAAAACAGGGUGUCUCGCUAAGGGGCGUAUACUGCAUAUUUGUAUGGUGGGAAGGAGAUGUGCAUAUACAUUGCAAAAGUGUACAAUAAAAUUCGUAAUUUUAAAAUUCUUACAAAAUGAAUAAUUGAACCAUUCACACUAAAAUAUGCGGGGGGAAAUUGUAUUGUAUUAAAAUUUGUGACAAAAUAGUUCACCAAAAAUCACAUUUUAUCAAAAACGUAAAAUUUGUAGGUAAAUUACACAGAAAUAAAUUGUAUUAACUAUGUCCAGCAUAAAUCAUCAUUUUAGUAUACUGGAUGAGCAAAAAACAAAGCAAAAAGUUUAUACUUAAAAGUACAAAAUAAAAAGUGUAAUUCUUUUUUCGUAGAAUGGGCUGAACAUAAGCGUUCCAUGGGCAUAUAUGAGAUUUUCUCUCAAAUCCAAAAUAAUUCUGUAAACAUUUUCUCACGAGAUAAAACGUGGCGAGUUUUCACCAAAAUACCCAAAAACACUAAUUAUUCUGGAAAGAAAACUUAUGCAUACGAAAAUUACAGUGAAUUUAAAAUACAGUACACUGAGAACAACGUAAUUUGAUUUGUAUUAAGAGUAAUAUUCAUAUUUUAAAAUACGCCAGUUUCCCCUUUAUUGCGAACUUUUAUCUAGCAGAGAGCUCUCAUUAUUUGUAUGUGAGUCACCUCGCCACUCACCUUUUUUUGUAGAAUUUCAUGAGGGCUGCCCCUGUUUAACUGGCAAAGUUUUUAGAAUCGGAGCCUCUGUGAGAGCACUCAAUUUAUAAAAAAAAAUCCUAGUGACUUUAUCUAAAUCUGCGCACAUUUUUUUAUAAAAUAGCUACUGAUUUCUGGUUAUCAAAUAUAUUCCUAAAAGAUGCAUUCUAAACAAAUAUAUAUAUAUUUAUUUACAUGCUUUUACAUUCCUAAGUAACCUGUUUAUUUGUGUUAUUUACUUAUCUAGGUCUUUUUCAUCAUUUAUAUUCUUUAUCCUACAGUGUAUUAAACUACCUAUUUUAUACAGUUACUUUCAAUCAAUAGUUAAAUAUGUUUUUCUUUUCAUUUAACAAUGGGAUGGUGCAGUAAUUGGAUCAUAUGUUAAGGGACAUUAAACACUAAAUACAUGCUAGAUAGAAUGAUGCAUUCAAAGAAAAGAUUAGUCCAUGACUAACAUGUAGAUGUAUUUUUUAAAGUUUCAUUCGUUUUUUAAAAAGUGACAAAAUAAGUGUAAAGUUUUAGUGUCUAUAAAACACUGGGAGCUGCCAUGUUGUAACUUGUGUUACCUUCUCUGCUGUGGCCAAUUAGGGUCAGUUAUAAAUAGGUCACUAGAGUGUGCAGCCAAUGGUUGUGCUGGAUUUAACAGUGUUCUGCACUUCCAUUUCUAACAGGAACUGAAAAGCUCACAAUUUCAGAAUGGAAUUACAGGCAAAGAGGACAAAAUAAAUAAUGAAAGUAUAUUGCAGAGUUGUUUUAUUAUAUACAAUUUAUCAUUUUAUAUUACCAUCUCAAAGUGUUUAAUGUCCCUUUAAGGCCUUACAAACAGGGUUCUAUUUAUUCACAUUUUGCUAUGUAUUACGCUUUUAAAAUAAAUAAAUUGUGUGUUUCUUUAAGAUA